AUGACCAAAAUACGACGCGAACGAGAUGACAACCAAUACCCAACUUCCCGAUAUUCCGGCCGGCCUCUACGCAUUGUGGCCUCUGGGACGCUCUUCAUGACACAUACCUUGUCCGUACCAUGCCAUCCUGCACCAUCUACGGUGAUCCGAGCGCACUCAGUGGACAAGACGCGAGGGGGGUCUGCAAACAUGGUCCUUUCUGUCCUUGCCCAAUUUCCUGCGGUAGAAUCUGUACUUGUCGCCUCCCUCGGGGGAAACGAGGAAGGGCGUAUGAUUCUGCGAGAUCUGGAGAACGAAGGGGUCAUCACGCAGUACUGCAAAAUAUGGCGAGAUGCAGGGGUUCCAAGUGCAUGGGUCCUAAAUUCGGCGGAAGAUAAUACCCGAAUGAUUGUGAACCACAACCCACUGCCAGAUAUCACUCAUGAAGACUUCAUCUCGUUACUUGGACCAUUACUCGCCCCAGAGAAUUAUCCCCAGACUACCCCUACUAUCAGCCCAACGAUACCCACGUAUGGAUCUUCCUCUAAUCUUCCUGCAUCUUCGUCGACUCCUCGGCCGUCUCAGUCAGGCCCUCGUCCUCCCACAAAUCCCAUUCUCUACAACCCUCACAGUCCGGCCCCCUUUGAUUGGAUUCACUUCGAAGGACGAUCAGUCAAAACCACUUUGAGUAACAUAACAGGUCUCGAUGGACUAGCACGCGAACGGAAAUGGAGAAGUCAUUGCGUUUUCAGUGUCGACAUUGGCAGGAAAGGUAGACAGGGAGUGGAGGCGCUGAUACCGCAUGCGGAUGUUCUUUUCUUCAACAAACAGUAUGCCCAACAAAAUUCCCCGCAGUACGAAACGACGCCUCGCAUAUUCUUACUUUCUCUCGCCACCAUUGCCCCUCCUCAUGCGCUGCUCGUAGCAUACUGGGGCAAGGAAGGUGGAGCGGUCCUAUCCCUUCCAACGAAGGAGUACUUCCAGAGCUCAGGUUGGGUGGAAGACCGGCCUCCCCCUCCCCCUAGGAAUGCCAACGAGACCCACCUGAAUGCCACCUUCAACGGCAUGCCUACGGAGGUCCAGUCUGUCAGAAGCGGCAGUGAAUUUUGGGCAGAUGGAAGGAGUAGAACACCUUCCUCUCAAGCCUUCACGACCAAUGGGAGCCACUACAUGUCUGAUAUGGGACAUGGGAGCGAGAGGAGUAAUUUGUAUCAACAAGCGAGGAGCCAUACACGUCAAGGACAGGGUACAAACCAAAGCACUCAAUAUACGGCAACGGAAGACGACGACAACGAUUCCCAGGCUACGGAGACACCAGGCGGACGCGACGCCGACGAUGGUCUUGUGGAUGAGGUUGGAGCACAGGACGCCUUUAUCGCUGGCAUGGUUUACGCUCUCAGCAGGCGACUGUGUCCUGGGCUCCCUUAUACCCCUGCCUGGACUGGCGAAGAUGAUAGCUCGAGUUCGGACGAUGGACGCGGGAGAUGGAGAUUGGAUGAAUGUCUGCGAUUUGCAACGGAACUAUCUGGUAGGAAAGCACGCCGAGCAGCAUGGGCAGGUCUAGCAGAUGAAGUCACACUUGCUGGUUGGUUUGAUAGCUGA